AUGGUGCACUUCAAGCUUUCGUCGACUAUGGCCGCAUUCUUGGUCUCCUCCGCGAGCCUCGUCUCGUCCCUCACAGUCACUCAAGCUGACUUCUCGGCUUUGGCAGCGCGACUGAUUUCCGCCAAUUCCGGAUUGACGCUGAUUAAUGGUACCUUUACAGGUGUCCCCACACAAGCUGGCACAUACUCAAGCGGCCCACAAGGCAUCGCUGAUGGUAUCAUUCUCUCUUCCGGCAAUGCCAUCGAUGCGAGCAAGCCUAAAUCGAGCGACGCUUCUACUAAUGAAAUUGGUGCUGGAAGCGCUCUGUGUAGUGCUGUUGGCUCAAGCUCAUACUUUGAUGCCGCUGUCUUGACGCUCAAUCUCCUGGUCGACAAGACCAAAUUCAAUGGAUUGUCAGUCUCAUUUAUCUUUGGCUCAGAGGAGUAUCCAGUUUACGUUGGAUCGAGCUUCAACGACGUCCUCGGCAUAUUUGUCAACGGCAAGAACGUGGCGAUGGACAACGUCGGCAAACCUGUAACCAUCAACAACGGCUUCUUCGCUUCCGACCAGGUGGCGACCAACGACGACAGCGUCUACGGAGGCUCAACACCCAUACUCACAGCAAAUGCCCCAAUUGACGUCGGAGUCAGUACAGUGAAGCUUGAAAUUGCUGUCUGUGACGCUGCCGACGGUGCACUUGACAGCGCCGUCUUCUUGACUCUUGUCAAGGGUAUUGCCUGCCAGAACAACUGUGAAGGAGUUGCUGUGGUCGCUCCAACAUCGACAACACCAGCGCCUCUUCCAACCAUCAACCCCAAGUGCGCCCGUGAUAACUGCCUGCGCGGUCUGUUGCUGAAGAAUGGUAACUUUAUCGAGUCAAACUACAAUGACUGCAAAACUGCUUUGCCCACCAUCACAGUCAUUCCCGGACCUACCAGCACGCAGACGAUCACUGGUCCCGCAAGCUUGCCUACCAAUGCCAAUGUCUGUGAUGGUCAAGGCGUCGAAAAGCGACUUGCGAGGUACAUCAGCGCUUGUGGCUGCGUGUCGGUCUACCCAGUGACCACGACGUACAAGGCAACCAGCAGUGAACUCCAUCUGAAUGCCCCGUGUGAAAAUUCCACUUUUUUGUGCAUUUCGUCGCAUCGAGUCAGCAGCGUCGAGACGAGAGCCUGUGCAGACCCAUAUAUUAUGGCCAUCAAGCGCAAAGUACGGAAGCAGACUAAUGCAGAGCCCCAGUUUGAUGGCGGAGGUGCAAAGCGCGCUGCCAUCAACAAAUACAGCGACAUUGCAGGAUCUGAUGAGGAAGCCUUUGACGCUGAUCAGGACAAGAUUCUGCUAGAUGGAGCGCGUCGAGAUGCUCGCAUUCGUGGAGAAGAGAUGGAGGAGCUCUCUGACGAAGAAGUAUUGGGCUUGGAUGGCGUUGACUCCGAGUCUGAAAGUGAUGAGGAAGACCCAGACGCUGAGGAAGUCGAGGAAGGUUGGGGCGACAGCAAAAAGGAGUACUACGAUGCCGAAGAUAUGACGGACGAAGAAGAUCUCAAGGCCGAAGAAGCAGAGGCGCUUCGGAUACAAAAGAAGAAUCUCCAAAAACUCGAUGCGACAGCAUUCGUCGAUGAUCUCGACGAGUGGAACGAUGAAGCAGAGCAGCAAGAUGCUGUGGAUGAGGUUCCUGCCCAAGUUUCUGAAGACUUACCCAAGCUGGAGCUUCAGAGAAUGCUCAAGCUGCGUCAUCCAGAGUUUGAACCAUUUGCGCGGGAGCUGCAAGAGCUGUCGCCACAGCUCGAGCACCUUGAUUUGCUCGCUGCCAGGACACAUCAUCCUGAACAGAAUCUCAUUCAGCUCAAGCGCGGUGCACUUCGCUCCUACCUCGCUGUGCUUGCCUUCUACUUUGUGCUCUUGUCGUCCACUGAUCAAGAUGGCAAUGCGACAGUAAAGAUCAAGGAGCAUGAAAUCAUGAUUUCAUUGGUACGCUGUCGCACUGCCUGGCAACGUAUCGAGCAUGUCCUGAUCAAUGAAAAUGCCUCAGAUCUGGUCGAGCAUGUGCCAGAACCUGAACAAGAGCCAGAAAUCGUCAACAAGAAGAAGCGGAAGCGAGGCAACAAGUCAAAGAGCAUUCAAUUAUCAGCGCCAGUGGUUCAAGAAUCAUUCGCCCCUGAAGAGGAUGAUGACGAGCUCGAAGCCACCUUUGCCGCCCUCAAAUCCGUCAAGAAGAUCAAGCCUCGUCAGCAACUGGCCGAUAUUGGCGAUGCCGUCGCCGACAGUCAAGAAGCAGACGAUGCAACACAACGCCGCAAGACUCUACAAUUCUACGCUUCCCAAAUCGCGCAAAAGUCCAACAAACGGCGCGAUGCGGGCAAAAAUGCGUUCAUGUCAGGUGAUGCGGAUGUGCCAUACAAGGAGCGACGUAAAGAGCGCGAGAUGCGUGUGCAACAAGAGGCAGAGCGUCGCAAGGGAGGUACGAUCGGUGCUGAUCUCGACAACGAAGAGCCGGUGGCUGAGAAGGAUGCUCAUUCAGACGAAGAGUACUACGAUUUGAUUGCCAAUGCUGCAAAGCAAGAGAAGCAGGAAAGGAAACAGGCGCACGAUGGCGCUCUCAAGGCGCUUCGUGCGGAGAGAGCAGGUUAUACGCUUGCGGAGGAUGCAGUCAAUGGCGAUAAGCGCGGAGUCACGCGCGAUAUUCUUGCAAAUAAGGGAACGCGCGAGGGCGCCAAGGGUCCCAAUAAGCAAAACAGAAAUGCGCGUGUCAAGAAGCGAGUCAAGUACGAUGCUGCAAAGAAGAAGCUGGCUUCGCAAAAGGCAAUCUUCAAGCAGCCUACUGGCUCGUAUGGUGGUGAGACGAGUGGUAUUUCCAGAGUCAUCAAGAGUACCAAGUUGGAUGGCGGUAUGAACAAGAAGCGCUGA